UAUUCAUUCUCUCUCGCCUGCAAGAUAGACAUACACACACCAAACUCUCUUCUCUCCGACGAGACGAACCAACGAGGGAGAGAAAGAGAGGUACCUUCAUUUUCUUAGUGCUCAUCGCCGAAAAGUGUCUUCUGGUUAGGAAAGGUCACUUAGCGAAUGAAUCUCUAGAUUGACUAUUAUUCUUAUCAUGGACCACAACCAUCACUUGGGUAUAAAGACCUUUAUGGCCAUAACGGCGGAGAGAGACGCCGCCAUUAGAGAGAGAAACAUGGCGUUGGAAGAGAGAAAGAGAGCUUUUGCAGAGAGAGAUAUGGCAAUGCUGCAGAGAGAUGCUGCAAUCGCGGAGCGUAACUCGGCCAUACAAGAGCGAGACGAAGCAAUUGCUUCUCUAAGGUUUAGAGAGAGCCCAAUGAACCACAAUAGCACCAACACCAAUAUCCCAGACUCACUUGUAAGUGAACUAUCAAGUGGGGCAAGACGCAUUCAGUACCAAGACCAAAUUCGUGCCGUCUCAGAACCAGCUGCAUAUAAUAAUAAUAAUAAUAAUAAUAAUAAUAGUAAUAAUAGCCAAAGAGGAAGCUUGAGAGGUAGUAGUGAUGUCAGUAUAACAGAAGAGGAAGCUUCCGAAACUGCAGCUAAUAAUAAGCCAAGGAGAGGAAGACAGGCCAAAGAUCGAAAAGCGAACAAGUCUCAGAGAGUGGGGAAAAGAAUGGCUGAAGAACUAAGCAAGCAGAUAAUUACAAAUGAUUGGAGUAAUAAUAAUAAUAAUAGUAACGAGCAUGAUUUCGAAAGUGACGAGGAGGAUAAGCAGCAGGUGUCGUGGAAAGACAAUUUGGGUUUGAACCAAAUAAAUUUCGAUGAGUCAGCGAUGCCGGUGCCAGUUUGUACGUGCACGGGGGCCCCACAGCCGUGCUAUAGAUGGGGGAACGGUGGGUGGCAAUCUGCUUGCUGCACUACAGCGAUAUCUAUGUACCCACUGCCACAGGUGGCGAACAAACGCUACUCGAGAGUUGGUGGGAGGAAGAUGAGCGGUAGUGCGUUUAGCAAGUUGCUUAACAGACUUGCUUCGGAGGGAUAUGACUUCUCUGCUCCGCUCGAUCUUAAAGACCAUUGGGCUAAGCAUGGUACAAAUCGGUACAGCACUCUUAAAUAGACAUUGGGAUUGUUUUUGUUUGUUAAUUGUCAUCAGAAUUGAUAUAUCUCUCUAAUGUAAUGAUGAAAUGACACUCUGAUUGUAAUUCUUAUUUGGUUGUGUAUACACUUUGGUUAAUCCAAAUUUGUUCAAAGUCAAAAAGAUUUCCAA